AUGCUUCGCAUCAUCUUCGCAUUUAUCGGAAUUGCUGCCGCAGAGGCCUCGUGCAUCGGUGAGGCUUGCCCCUCUCGUGGAGAUGCUCUGCUCCAGCACCAACUGGCCCAUGAGAGGGUUCAGACCGGCGGCUAUGAGCUCGGAGGGGACAACACCCAAAGCUGCGGCUACCAGCGGGAUCGCAUCCACACCCCUACGGAAUGCAGGGACGCCGCAGCGGUUCUCGGCCUCCCCUAUGGCUACACCGGUUCGUACAGCGGAUGGCCACGAUACUGCUUCACCUACCGUGACCUGGUCUACUUCAACGAAGACGCAGUCAACUCUGCCAGCCGAAACGAUGCCCGUCUGGUCUGCGAGCGCGUGGAGCCCACGACAACCACAACGACCACCACCAUCCUCUACGACAACGUGGUGAGCUACGUGAUCGGCGCCCCAGGCUUCGAUUGUGCGGAAGGCCACGUGGUCGCCACGCACGCGGAGUGCGCCAGCAGUGAACUGAUCACCCAGACAGGGAUCCAUUUCUCAAACUGGGCUUCCACGAACCGAAUGCAGUUCGGCUGCUUGUAUUCCAGUAGUCUGCAUGCCCUGUUCUUCAACUACUUCGAGGGAGGCAGUGUCGACUACAACUACUCUCCAGUUUGCAAGACCGAAACGAAUCCCGUCGUUCGCCACUUCGACUUGGGCGACUUCGACACCAACUCGUGUCGCCAUGGGCAGCCAAUUGAUGACUCAGAGCUUUGCCGCGAGUCUGCUGCCUCUUUCGGCGAG